AUGCUUAGAAGGACCUUACUCAACGGAAGCUUGUUGAGAAGAGAAAGUAGUUAUUUGUCAAGAAAGUUUUCCGUUUCUUUUAUCCAGUUAAAGUCAAAGAUGAGCACACCUAAUUGGAACCCUAACCUAACAGCAGAGCAAUUGUUGGUGCUUCGCGACAAACACACCGAAAGACCGCACACGGGAGCGUAUCUCACCAACAAAGACUCUGGAAUAUACCACUGUGCCAAUUGCGACUCGCCAUUGUACAAGAGUGAUACGAAGUUCAAUUCUCAGUGUGGAUGGCCAUCGUUUUACGAAGAGGUAUCAAAAGGAGCCAUCACGUACAAUCGUGACAGCACUCUGGGCAUGGUGCGUACGGAAAUCUGCUGUGCAAAAUGCGGCGGACAUUUGGGCCAUGUUUUCGAAGGCGAGGGCUGGCGCGAGCGUCUGGGAUUGCCUCAGGACGUCAGACAUUGUGUCAAUAGUCUGUCAUUGAACUUCAAGAAGAAGGAUUGA